UAAUGGCAUCAAAACAGGAAAAGUUUAAAAAAUGUGUUUGGUACGCCGUAUUCAUCGCAUUAUUAGUAAUCACCAUAACUCAGCUGAUGCAGAGUUUUGAUAACUGGGAGCAGAGACCCUUUGAUACUAUGGUGGACAAUGUUCCUAAACAGAAUAUCCCAUAUCCAAGUGUUACUGUUUGCCCAGCAGGUUCAACUAUUUGGUCGGGAGUACGACAAUUUCUGAAUGAAAUGGAAUUCAAGGAUGAAUACAAAGACAUGCUGAAACAAUCCUACAAUACGCUUUUAAGGUUAAAAGUUGCAGACCUAAGACUUAAGACUGGUGAACUUGAUCCAUUUAUCCGUACCUACCAAGAAUGUUACGCCUGGACUGAUUACAUAAAGAACAGAGAGGUCUGCAACUUUGCAAUGUAUGUGCUGGAAAUGACCAGUAGAAUGAUCAGUGAGGAUAUUUUAGCCAACAGAACACUAGCUAAAUAUCAGAGGAACAGACUGAACAUCCGCUUUGAAAAAAUAGAAGGUUUGGGCUGCCAUGGUUCAGGGUUUGCUUGCCAAUUAGACCUGAAGUCUGUUGUUAAGCAGCCUGCUAGCACACUACCCAGUUACCUAGAUAGCUGGCUACCCUUUUACCUAGAUCUUCUUACACUGGAAAUGGUUGUAAGUGGUAUAACUGAGAAUCCAUUUGACAUAGUUCUUCAGGAAAUGUAUCUGCCUCCUCCUGUCACAACCCCAGAACCAGUAACUGAGACAACUGAGACAACUGAGUGUGAUUAUUGUUUAUUUAAACGUGAGAUACCAAGUACUCUGGAUAAUCCAUCUUGGGAAGAUGUCAGAAAACUAAACUCUACCCUUAGUUUACCUUCACCAAAAAAUAUUAUGAACUAUGUUAUCUCAACUUGUUGCAGCCCAUGGCCAACACUGUCUCAGAUGUACCAUGAAUACUCAAUGCUUUCCAAUUUACAGUUUCAGAAUUUCAAGAAUCUUGGAGAUUUUAUUGUUCCCAUGGCAAAACAAGCUUUAUAUCAUGAAAGCAUUUCUAAUUAUCUGACACAAACAUUGAUUGAAAACACAGAAAAAGAAUUGCAAGAUUUCUUGAGAUUUAUCCUACAAGAAAUUACUGAAGAAAAGGAGUUAUCCUGGAGUUUAAUAGAUGCUAUUGAUAUUUUGGUAAUACUAGGCGGAAGUGAAGUAAUUGGGAACAGAAUUUUAGCUUAUGAAAAAACUUCUAUGGGACGACAGGAUAGUUGGCAAAGUCUAACCAAAACUGAGAAACAAUGUGUAUCUGUUGAGUAUGAGAAACUGUUUAAAAAUCUACCAGAGUUUGAGGACCCAUGCAUUGACCCAUCCAGCAUGUGCAAACAGUUCUGUAAGAAUAUGGCACUUAUGCAAAAACAUGCAAAAGAUGAGAAAAUACAAAAGUUGUUGCGCUAUGUCUCCCAUCCAGCUAAAUAUUCUAAGAACAGCACCUGGACUGUGCCAUUUUGUUUCACAGGAAAUGAACAAGAGAAGUUUGCACAAUUGAUAAAGAAACCAAAUGUAAAUACUGGAUCUAAUGAAACCAACUAUGGAUACAAAUUCUGUGAAUCUGUUGAACAACGUUUCACAGAUGUAGGUUUAUGCACAACUUUCCAUGACGCCAAUGUGACCUAUCCUCCAAAAGGAAUGUCAAAGCCAUUUCAAAAAGGAAUCACUAUGAUUUUGGAUUCUUUUGCAUAUUUUACCAAUACCAGGGAAUUGAGGUCUUUCAGGAAUUUCAAGGAGUCUGAAUUAAGCUUAAACUCACUAGAAACUUUAACUGAUAACAGCUAUAAUGAUUUUUAUGUAUUUCUUCAUUCCAAGGAUGAUAUUCCGCUCUUUCAAGGACCUGUAGUCAAAAGAAUUGCUUUGAAGUAUGGAAAAUAUCAAACAGCAGCCGACUAUUUAAAAGAGUAUAGGAUUCCAUUCACUGUGAAAAUGACAGAAACAGAGAAGAUCCUUGAAAAAUACAGUAUCACACAGCGUAAGUGUAGGUUUAAGCAUGAACUUGGAGAAAUGAAAUUGUUCCAAAUAUACUCCAAUCAAAAUUGUAUCUUUGAAUGUAAACUCGAGAUAGUAAGGAAGAUGUGUAACUGUUUACCCUGGUAUCUUGACCUCAAGAACCAAACUGAACCUGUUUGUAACCUAUUUGGGAACAAAUGCUAUGAACAGAGCACCAUACAGGCAAACCAACAUCUUGACUUCAGCAAUCCAAAUAAUCCUCCAUGUGAUUGCUUUCCAGACUGUGAGGUAUCUAUAAUCCAGUUCAAGAAAACGAAAUUUGAUUAA